AUGGCCGUCGACUGGCACUCGGACUACUCGGAGGUCAGCAGCGGCUUCCUCUGCCAACUGGAGGCGACGGAAUCACAGGCUACCACUACGGCUGCUCCUUCAGGUUCCUGCUCUUGCGGCGUUCCGAACCGCUCCUCCCGCAUCGUCGGCGGCGUGGAGACCGAGGUGCGUGAGUAUCCUUGGCAGGCUGGCCUGGUCAGCGCCGGCGGCACCCGCACCUGGUGCGGCGGCAGUGUCCUCAACAACCGCUACGUGAUGUCGGCGGCCCACUGUACGGUCGGAUCGUCACCCAGCCAGAUCGAGGUGCUUCUCAAGGAGCAUCGCAUCAGCAACAGCGACGGUGAGAUUCGCGCCAGUGUGCAGCAGAUCAUCAACCACCCGAGCUACACGUCCGUAUCCGGCUCCGGUUACGACUUCUCGCUGCUGAAGUUGACCAACCCCAUCACUUUCCCAAGUGACAACUCGCUGGCGCCAGUGUGCCUACCCACCGCCGGUAACGACUUUGUCGGUGCCGACGCAAUCGUCACCGGCUGGGGUACCACCAGCUCGGGUGGCUCACAGGCCACCACUCUGAGGGAGGUCACCGUGCCCGUCAUCUCCAACACCGCCUGCAGGUCGUCAUACAGCAGCAUCAACCCGUCCAUGAUCUGUGCCGGUCUCAGUGAGGGCGGCAAGGACUCGUGCCAGGGCGACAGCGGCGGCCCGCUGGUCAGCCUCGAGUCCGACCGCUACUCCCUCAUCGGCGUCGUCUCGUGGGGUCGGGGCUGUGCUCUACCCGGCUACCCGGGCGUCUACGCCCGAGUCACCGAGGUGCUGUCCUGGAUCCAGACCAACACCGCUGACGGCACCUACUGCUCUUAGAAGAACCGUCAGCUUGGUGUUUGCGCACAGCGUUUGUUUCAGCGCGACUUUCGGGCGCAUUGGCUUGCGUCGCAAGUAAAGUCGCCAUUCUUGCAGUGUCGGUUUGGUGCAUGAUGUACUGCAUUUGGGACGACGUUAAAUAAAUGCCCAG